GCAGCCUCCGAGCGGGGCAGGGGCGCGGCGGGGCCGUGCCCGCGGCCGGCAGCCGCGGCGAUCGCCCGGGCGGGGCUGGACCGCGCUUCGUGCGAGCAGGAGCCUCUCCCCGGCGAGCGGCCUCCCGCCCGCCCUCCGGUGCCCAGCGUUGCCUGCAGAGCUGCGGCAGCACCGGCGAGUGACUACGCGGGGGGAGGAGAAGAGGAGGAAAAGAAAUCGGAUUGCCGAAAGGAUUAGGAAGCGGGGUGGGGAGGCGAAGCUCUCUCCUCCCGUCCCUCCCCGCACACACUUGUGAGGCUAUUCAGAGUUAUCCUUCAGCAUCAGAGGCGGGCGAGCGCGGGGGAGCCGCGACCGCGAAAGGUGCUCGGCAAACUGCAAGAACGAUCAGAGGGAGCGGAGCGGCCCGGGCCGGCGGACCCUGCCUCGGCCCCUGUCUCAGCCCGCGGGGCACCUCACUUCCCGGCUACGGUGUUUUAUAUAUUACUCUUUUUUCUAAGUUUUCCCCUGCUCCUCUCGCUUUCUCGGAGAAGGACAGGAUUUGGAGCAUUGCGGGCGGGCGUGCUGCCGCACCGCCUGCCCUGGACGUGCGAGGUGGGGAGAGAGGGAGGGAGAGAUGCCUCUGAUUAGAGGGCAAGUCGUGCUCAUCCUCAGUUUCGUCUUCCUGACAACUUUCGUGGCUGUGGUGAGAGGACUGCCCGUGAGGAAACACCGCAGCAACAGCCCGAAGGAGAGGAGCUCCAAGCUGGCGGAGGGCUGUCUGGCCAAGAAGAGGAUCUCACUUUCCCAGAGCCAUCUCGCCCUGCUGUGGAUGUCCAGCUUGUGUUGUCACCUGGGUCCGCCCUGUGUGGAGCAUCUUGUUGCGCUGCCGCCUCGUCAGGAGGGCCCAGCUGGGGUCUCUGCCUCAUCCAACCCUCGUUCGGCAGGGGAUGAGGAGCUGCCACCAUCAGGCAAGGCACGGGGGCUGAGGCGGAGCGGGCAGGCUGGCCCACGGCGGCACAGGCGUCGGGGGGUGGCUCAGCAGGCUGCCAGGAGCCCAGCAGUGCCCCAGCCCAGCAGUGCUGGCCAGGAGGAGAGCCUGCCCUUCAUGCUGAACCUGCAGAGCUUGCCGGGGCUGGCCAAUGUGGACCUGAGUGCCCAGAACCCCAACAUUCAGGUGACCAUUGAAGUGGUGGAUGAUCCUCAGGCCGAGAUGGAGAUGGACUUGUUGAAGGAGACAAGAAAUGACUGGUCUCUGACAUCCUCUGAGUGGUUGUCCCACAAGGACCUGUUCUGGCCCCUCUUCUGGGAAUACACUGACCCUGCUGAGGGGGAGGAGGAGGAGGAGGAAGAGGAGGAAGAAGAGGAAGAAGAGGAGGAAGAGGAUGACAACCUGGAUGUAGGGGACAGGGAGGAAGAAGAAGAGGAUGAGGAGGAAGAUUACACAGCAGAGUAUGAGGAGGAAGAGUCCAUGCUCAGUGGAGUGGGAGGUAAUUGGGACCAGCGAUGGCCUGGGCAGAAGAACUGGAUCUUUAAGGAAAAAUAUAAUUACGACUAUGAAGAUGAGGAUGAGUGGAGCCUGUGGUCCCCUUGCAGCACUACCUGUGGCAGUGGGAACCAGAAGAGGACCCGGUCCUGUGGUUAUGCCUGCACAGCAACGGAGUCGAGGACCUGUGACCUGCCACACUGCCCUGGUGCAGAAGGGGAAAUGGUCUUCCCCACAGAAGAGACACCUUUCAGAAGUGACAACACCACAGAACUGUUCAACUCAGAGGUAGACAGCUGUGAGAAGUGGCUGAACUGCAAGAGUGACUUCCUCACCAAGUACCUGAGCAAAGUGCUGACAGACCUGCCCAGCUGCCCCUGCUCCUACCCACUGGAGGCUGUCUACAGUGCCGUCAACCUGCGGGAUGAGCAGCAGGGCAAGAGCUUCCGAUGGCGGGAUGCCAGUGGCCCCAAGGAGCGCCUGGACAUCUACAAGCCCACAGCACGCUUCUGCCUGCGCUCCAUGCUCUCCCUGGACAGCACCACCCUGGCUGCCCAGCACUGCUGCUAUGACGAGCACACCCGCCUCAUCACCCGCGGUAAGGGGGCUGGCGUCCCCAACCUCAUCAGCACCGAGUUCUCCCCGGAGCUGCACUACAAAGUGGACAUGCUGCCCUGGAUCCUUUGCAAGGGUGACUGGAGCCGGUAUCACGCUGUCCGGCCCCCCAACAAUGGGCAACAGUGUGCUGACAACCCCACUGAGGAGGAGUACCUCUCCCAGCUGCAGGAGGCCAAGGAGUACUAGCCACAGCCACUCUCAAAGGAGCCACUGGCUUGCACCCCUGCGCAGCCUGGCGAGCCCCGGCCCUGCUCAUGGGCUCCUCGGUGGUGCCAAGCAAAGCGGGGAGGAUGCACCAUCUGUCUCAACCCCUCAGAGGGGUGCCUCAGCCCCCCUCAGAUUUCCGAGGGUGCCGGAGUUAUCUUAGUGCAAUCCCUGCCAUGCCACCCAGGGCAGUCCUGCAAUCCAGGGCUCCUGGGCUGGCACAUGGGGAAACAGUAAGUGCUGGGAGGUGUAAAUGGAACAAGGGGCUGCUCCUGCCCGCUUUUGUUCUCUACGACCUUUCAAUGCAACCUGAAAGCUGAGCACAGGGUGAAGCAGGCACAGCUCCUGCUGGCUUCAUGCCUUGUCUGAGGAGCUGGUGAGGCACGGCUGCCUGCUCUUGCCUGUGCACCUGCCCUGGCACACACUGGACUAUAUCUGAAACUGGGGUAGGUCCUCUAGAGAGCACACGGCUGUCCCAACCAUGCAUACAGAGCAGGGUUUGCAUGCUCCUCAGGUUUGUGCAUGCACAGUUGGGAAGGAGCAGAGAAAGGCUUAGCAGGGUCCAUAGGCUGAGGGUGGGUGUGGGGCAGGAGGAGACUGGUUGCCUGGGCUCCCUUGGAAGAUUGCCUUGCCACCAGGGUUUUGGUCGCCAAAGCUAGACAUGGGUGGGCCUUAGAGGAGGUCAUCACAGGGGAUGCACCACCUCUGUGCAUUUCAGCCCCUCUGCCUUGGUGCUUGGGGGAGCAGGGUGGUAGCCCCUGUGCAAGUCCCAGCACUAGCCCACUGUCAGGCCUUGGUGCCCUGGCAGCCCCCAGAGGAUCUCAGUGCUCAGGAGCACCUGUGACACAGCCCAGAAGGAAGUCCUGUGUUUCCCACUCACAGGCCUGCCAGAGACAGGAGACACCUUGGCCACUGCUCAUGCCAUUGCUGGCAAGGAGCAAAAAGCACCGAGUCAAGUUCUCCAUGGGAAGAGGAACAAGUCAGGUGCCACUGGGAGCAUCCAGCAUUGGCCCUCUCUGGUCUGCUGCUGGACACGGGCCCUGCUCCAUGCUGUCUCUGCCCAGGUGCCCAGCAGGAGACAGCCAGGGAAAGCGACUCAUGGGCACGCCCUGCGCCUCUCAGGCUCGCUGCCAGGCCAGGCUCACAAGUGUGGCUCCAAAGGAGGAACACACACAUGCUAAUAAUGUCAAUACCUGGUGUCCACAGAUCACGAAUCAUGAUGUUUUCUGUUGGCACUUUGGUCUUGCCUGGGUUUUAUUCAGUUUUUCCCAGGUCCGUGGCAGUGUGUCCCAGCAUAUUUUGUGAGCUUUUCUGCAAAGAAACUAGGCUGAGCACCUUUAUCCCUGGACAUUCAGUUGUUGAACCUGGCAGAAACUUUACAGCUUUCAUUUGGAAAAUUUUAUGCAUCAGAGGAAAUAAAAGAGCAAGUCAAGCACACAUAAAGACGAAUGGAGUCAUUUCUAGACUAGAAGUUUCACCUGAGGCUGUUAGCUACUCGAUGUGUUUCUGCAGGACACUGUUGGACCAAAAAAAUAUCUGUCUGGUUGCAGAGGUCCUUGGCUGACCAUCCUGUGCUAUGUCUGUCCUUGCAGGAGUUUUCUCCAGCAUCAGUGAAUAUCCAUGAUGUGAAAGCAAUCUGGGGAGUCUUUCUGGGAGCGUCUUUAUAUAUGUUGAAUGUAUGUUGAUCCUUUUGCCUUGGUUACUGGUAGAAUAUUGCAUCUUGGGUCAUCAGUAGCUAAGACUUCCUAGCUGGUGAAACAAAACUAUUAAUGAAGUUAUCACUGAAUUCUUCUUAUUUAACUGUUAUUCCACACUUGUAUCCCUAGACUCUGGCUGUGGGUUCUAUCAAAACAUAGGCAGGCAUCAUCCAUUUCCCAACAGGUAUGCAGUCUGAGAUGAGCAGUGUUAUGUAAGUAGUAAGAAGGAAGGCAACCAAAUAAGCAUGAUGAAGACCUAGACCCUGGAAAAUUUUCUGAUCAUUACAUGUUCCUAGUCAAAAUGGUCAUUUGCUCACUAGUUUCUGCUAAAGAGGUAGAUCAUAAAGAGGUGGUAAAGAGGGGGUGGCAGUGGUCUGGUAGGUUGAUUCUGGGAGCCUGGGAUGUGUUCAGGGAACCUCGUAAAGAGACACAGAGGCUUUUGUAUGGGAAGCAAACAAACUGACCGGGCAAGGCCAUGGAAGGAUGAGCUUGUUAUCUUCCGUCAUUCAGCACAGCAUCUUCAUAUUUCCUCUCCCAUACCAUAUGUCAUUAUUAACAUCAUCAGACUCUCAGAGGAGCUUAUUUACCAUCACUGCUGACUUCUUUAAAACAACCUCCUGUUUAAUGUGCCUAGUGUUCCGUAUUGGACCCACACAUGGAAGCAGGAGCCUGCAAACUGCCUUUCUUGAAGGAGACUUGCAAAAGCUCAGCCAAUUUGUUUGUUAGACUGGCUACUCUCUAAGGAAAUGCUCUUACAAUAAGGACUGUUAUUCAGGCUUUGCACCCUCCUCCUCUUUAUACUGGCUAUGUCAACCAGUCUAGUUCUGUAAUAACUGGAGUUCCUGUCCAAGGGCAAGUUGAAAAAUUCCUUGCAUUGACAGCCCCUCACUCCCCGCUCCCCCACAAAAGCUAGUUGAGAACCAAGUAGCUAUUCUGCUUCGCUGCCUCUAUGGUUUAGACAAUAUAGGCAUGAACUGGAGCAUGAGAAACAAGAAGCAGUGUUGUUCCUCAUACAAGCACCUUACACACCGGGAGGCUUUGCAGAGCACUUUGAGAAAAGCAGACAUUAAGCAAGCGUUUAUUUUUAUAUCCCAUCAAAGAUUCUGUCCAGCUCACUGCCAUUUAAGUGAUGAGUCUCUAAGGUUUUAUUCCUUAGGUUUAUUGUGGUUUUUUUAUAUAUAAUAUAUAUAAAAUGUCUUUUAUUCCUACAAAAUUUCAUAGAGAAUAAUUCUUUAUUCUGAUGCUGCAAUAAAGCACUUCAUAUAUAUAUAUAUAUACAUAUAUAUAUAUUUAUAUGUCAUGCUGAUGUCAUUCAGUUGGGACUGGAGCAUAUGUUGCUAUUAAUUUUGGUUGAGAGGGAUGACACUGUGUUGAACAUUACAUGUCUUGGGUUCCCAGUCCUAGUUGGCUUUGAUUCCUUUCCUUAGGAUUUAUAUUUGGUGAUGUCUGGCUGCAAAAAUCAUAGGUAACAAAGACUAUCUGGAGCCCACCACCACAGCCAUGGUGUGGUGGGGGAAAACAGUUUUCCCCCUGAAGUUAUAAAAUGGUAAAUCCCCAGGGGGUGGUGACCCUUGAGGUUUGAACCAAUGAGCGCUUCUGCAAAAUAUAAACAUAUCACACUUAGACCGGAAAAGAAAGUAGUUGUAGUUGUUGUUGUUGAAGUAGUCAUGUUGUAGAGCCACGAGGAGAAGAGGCAGGAGCCCGGCUGCGGGGCUACAGGGACUUGGAACAGUUUAAGCUGGGCUAAGUACCUGUAGCUAUGACCUGGGGGAUGUUUCUCCACCGUGAGCAGCAGAAGUGGCAGCAAGAACAGCACUGACUGAGGGAAGGUGGCAGAGAGCCAACAGAUAAGAACUGAAGAAGCAGCAGAAACAGCACGUAGCCAAGGAAGAGAGACAUAGAGUUGUCUGAAGGAAAGAGAGCCAGCAGCAGAGAGAGCAGAACUAAGCUCUACAGAGAGAAAGUUUGGGUAAGAACUGAACCAAAACCCCAAACUCCUUUUGUGACCUCUCCUAAGCGGAGAGGAUGGACUCCUACUGAAUGAAGUCCUAAGAUGCAGCAUGCACUGCAGAGAGGAGCUGAAAAGCUCAGGCGUCCUGGAAAGCUAGACUGGGAUGGCCAAAGGAAUGCAGAGGAGGGCCUCGCCCUCCCGCUGUUGCUGCUAAGCUAGCAGCCUGAUGACAGAGCACGGGAGCUUUGCAAGGGGGCUUGAAUCCCCUGAAGAUAGGGAUCGUCACGAAGACCCCUGCGCUUCGUGAUAUGACGUAGUGAAGUGACCUUUGUCCCGGUGAACACAACCUACAGAAGAGAAGACCCUCGCUUGGAGUCGAGUGGCCAAGAGGGCUUGGAUACCCCCUCAUGUGUACUGGCAGAGAUCCAGCUACAGCUUCUGCAUGAGAGAAGAGAGCCUGCUGCCCUAGAGACUGCUGCUCUGAGAGUGGAAAGGAUCUCUUCCUUCUUCCCUCCUGGACUUUUAUUUGGAAGGCAGAAGAGAUUUGAUCCACUGUAAAUACUGUUUUGUCAUGGUAGAGAUAGUUCAGAUUGUAUAUAAUGUAUUGUAGUAUUUAUUUUGUACAGUCAUUGUAAUAUAUUCCCUUCCCCCCAUUUUGAGUCUUGUAUGGUGUCUGGAAAACCCAUAUCACACUGGGUUGAGAUGUGGGAGGGGGGCUAGAACUAGGGAAUUGGAUUUUGGGGCUCUCAAACCAUGACACAUAGGAUAUGUGAAGUUCUGCUUAGAGGGAAGGAAGCCUUCUACAAGACCAUCAGGGUCAGUGCUGAGAAGCAAAUGCAUUGCCUGGGCCCCAGGUUUUAUUCCAUGGUGAGCUUGGCCAGAGCUGGGUACUGGCUGAUGUUACACCAGCACACUGCUUUAAGCAGGUAUUGAGCAUGGAAGCAGGGGGAAAAUAAAACCCAGCACCAUCCCAGCUGGAAAACUGGUUUGGCAAACCACCUCCAGAGCCAACAGCUAAUUAUAACGGGGGGGUUGCAAAGCUUUCCAGGGAUUGCAACUCUUUGUUGUCUUUAAUUUGCUGCGUAAAUCAUGACGACUUCCAAGAUCUUGCUGUUUCCAGCUGUUUUCUCUCUUUCUCAGUUGCUCCUUUUGCUUUUUGCUGUCUGCACACCUGUCAAGGGUUAUCUGCUGCUCCAUCACGGGACUCUGCUCUGCUGCUGCCUGGCACGAUUGCUGGCCCCUGCGUGGGGGGAGCAGACAAGUCCUCUCAGUGAAGGAUACUCUGAGCUUCGCACGGGUCUUCUGCAACAUCUAAAACAUCGUUGCAUGGAGCCCAAGCUGCUCAGAGGAAAUCACUCUUUCCCUGGAGGGGCAGUCAGCAGUUACAUGCCUAACAUGCCUUUAUCCUCUGCAACAAGGUCCUUGCUGUGCUGGAUGCUACAAAACUCCUGGGCUAUAGAAAUCCCACAGACAGAGAAUGGAAGCAGGAAGAAUUCCUGCACUAAGCAGGUGCUGAAGACCUGGAGAUGUCACUUGAAAUCACAGAGUGAGUCUGUGGCAGAGUCUCAAGCUGCACUUUUGCCCACUGCAUUGAACACAAAACUUUCUGACCAGCAUCACUACUGGUCAUCAUUGUCUUAGUCUGCCAGCCUGGACUGGAGCUUGGUGUGGCUCAGCUGCACCAGUUCCCUGGCGUCUGACUUGAAGAUGAGUUUCUCUGCACACACAAGGGGCCAUGCCCAGAUUUUGCUGGGGCACAGGUGGGGUGAGUUGAGCCCAUCUCUCAGGGAUGAAUGUGAGAUUUCAUUACAGCAACAGAGAUUCCAUUACUUGUCUGCUCUUUUUCAGGGCUCCGGCUCCAGUAAUCUGGUUCUUGGAAAGCACACAGGAAGCCCAACUGGGCCCAGAAGGAGCUGCUUUGGAAUGAGAGGGCAGAGGAUGAUAAUGCAAGGAGAGUUUGGCCAAAGCCUGUGCAGCAGACCUGAACUCCAAGGCCUGGCCUUAACCUAGGCAAGAGCAAAGUGUGAUUGUGAUGGUCUGUGGACCUUGAAUUAAAACUGAAGUUCUAGAGAAGAAACAAACAUUUCAGACACCCCUGUUCUAGUCUGUGAAGGGACACCCCACUGUGUGGCUACAUUAGCCUUCUGGGCUGGGUGUGCUGAUGGCACGCAGCUGCCAACUUCUCUGAAGCAGGAGAAGAUUAAAAGGAAAAAAACCCCACACUUGCUGCAAUUUUUCAGGUGGCCACACUUUUCCACUUGGUCAAGAUAAUUUUUGCCCCUAAACUUGUCUUCCAGUGAUGAUGUAAUUUUUUUUUUACUUUUAAGUUACCAAUUAUAUUAUCUGUACUGAAAUGUACUGGACUCAUUACAUCUUUAUUAGGCCCUCCCUUAUUUACUAAUAAAAAUAUUAUAUAAAGUGUUACCUAAAAUCUAAAUAAAGGCCAGGUACUCUGCCAAAGAAAA